CAGACUCUUCUUCUUCUUUCUAGUGCAUUCAGAGUUCCAAAAACCCUAACACUGAACUGAGUUCCUCACCGAGUUUCUGAGUCAUGGCCGAGUCGAUCAUUACCUCCGAUAACCCUUCCAGCUCUUCAACAUUGAACCCUCCUUCCCGGAUAAUCUGCCACGUAUGCCAGAAGCAAUUUUCACAAUAUACGUGUCCUCGAUGCAAUUCUCGAUACUGUUCUCUCCGGUGCUAUAAGUCUCAUAGUCUUCGAUGCACUGAGUCCUUCAUGCGAGACAAUGUAGUUGGAGAGCUUGGGCAGAUGCAGCCUGAUGAUGAAACUAAACAGAAAAUGCUAGACAUUUUGAAACGAUUACAUUCAGAAGAGGAAACGGAUAGCAUGGAUGAGGAUGAUUCAACAACUCUGUCUGAGGAGACUGUUCAAAAGAUAUUGUCUGGGGAUCAAGUUUGUUUUGAUGAUUUAUCUGCUGAAGAAAAGAAGCAGUUCCAAAGAGCUCUUGCUUCUGGGGAGCUGAGCAAAAUGAUUGAGCCAUGGGAUCCGUGGUGGUUCAAGCCUUCUGCCCGAACAAUAUCCCUUAGCAAGGAAGGCACUCAACUCGUCCAACCACUUGACAAAAAGGAAGCAUUGGUAUCACUAGAAGAACACCUAGAAAGUAACCCAUCAAGUGAGAUUCCUCCUGGCCCUGAAAGCCCACUACCUCCAGUUAGCAAGCUUAGUUCCACAGAGCCAUCACCUAUGUUAGCUGUUCACCUGGUUGACAUUUUAUAUAGCUACUGUUUCACACUUCGUCUCUACAAUGGGGAUUGGCAAUCCGAUGCGGUAGGAUCAGCCAUGGUGGUGUUGAGUGUUUCUGCUGUCUUGGGUCAAGGAGGGCAGCCAGAAACUGUGUUGGAAGCUCUGUCCCAUUGCUUGGAGCAAACCUGCUCUCCAGCUUACAGACACAUGGGUGGCUUACAAUUAGGAUUAAUACUCGUUGAUGAUGUGAUAAGCCUACUCUCGUUAGGGGGUCCUGCUUUAGUUUACUCGCUUUGUGAUCUGCAGAGGCUGAUCCAGGCUGGGGAGAGGGAACUGAAGUCAGAGAAACCAAAAAAUUCAAGAAGGGUGGAAAUUAGGAGUAAGCUGAAGCUUGCUGAGAGGAAGAUUUAUUUCAUCAUGUGUUGGGUCCAUGAGCAGCCGGGUGAAGCUUGGUCUUCCUUAGCAGCUAUGGUAGGGGCAGAGAAAAGCUCAGCUAUGGAUUAUGGAGGCAGUAAGCAACCUGUGAAUUCACAGACCAAUAAGGCAGAAACUAGAGGCAGGGCUUUGAUUGAAGAGAUUAAAUGAAAUUUCCGAUUAUCAUCCAAUGAUGUUGCAUUACAAGGAGUUGUAAAUACGCUUUUGUAUAUUUUGUUUCUGUAGACCACUCAUUAACACCAACAAUGAGAAAUGUACCUUGAAUUUGUAGAUGACAAAAGGGAAUUUUAAUGUUAUCUCAAUGACGAA